CUUCUCAGUUUGCAACGUCAGGAAACUUGUGUAGGAGCGGAGGGAGUGUGAGCGAAGGAGUGCGUGUGCGUCCCUGUCCGGAUCAAGUGUCUCCUAGUCAGGCAAACCCACGGACUCUCCCCUUUUGAACACAGAAGAAAAUCCAAGCCCCUCUUCCAGAGAUACAUUCUUUCUGUCCCCCCCCCCACCUUCUUUGCUCUGUGACUUACUCCUCUCCAGCACCCUUUGACUGACUUUCCAGGAAGUACCGCAAUGAUAGAGGUCUGCUAGCCAACAUCACCAUGUUCAGCAAGAAGAAAAAGCGCAUUGAGAUAUCUGCCCCCUCCAACUUUGAGCACCGGGUCCACACGGGGUACGACCAGCAGGAGCAGAAGUUCACAGGACUGCCAAGGCAAUGGCAAGGCAUCAUCGAGGAGUCGGCCAAGCGGCCAAAGCCAUUGGUGGAUCCAGUGUGCAUUACAGCUGUCCAGUCUGGUUCCCAGAAGACCAUCGUGCGGGGGAACAAAACUGCCAAGGACGGGUCCCUGGCCUGGCUGUUGGAUGAGUUUGAGAACAUGUCAGUGUCGCGCUCCAACUCUCUACGCAGGGACAGCCCUCCCUUCCUGUCCCGGCAUGACCAUCUGUACCAGGAGAAUGGGCUGAGCGAAGUCCUGGCCAGGCCCCCCCGCCACCCCCACCCCCAUGCUGAGGAAGACCCUGGGGGCCAUAGGAGCAAAGAACACAAGGAGCGGAGCCGCCAUGGGCCCAAAAGCGAACUGGAUCAGAGCAGGGAGAGGAGCUGUGAUGACAGAACUGCUGUGCCAGACAUCCGAGGCCAGGAGUCCACCAGCAAAUCUCACCACCGGGCACCCCCUCCUCAAUACCACAAUCCCCUCUCAGAGCACAGACACAGAGCACAUGAGCGGGAUGGGAAAAGGGAGCCCCCCGCGGAUAAGGAGCCGUCUACCCGUGUGGUCAGGAGGGAGCGUGCCGACGGCCCUGACAAAAGACCCAAAUCUACGUAUACUGGGGAGACGAGCCCACAACCCCCCUGGGAAAAACGGCCCCUCUCGGGGCCAAAUAUCCGAACCCCCAACAUCCCCAUCUCUGAGGGGGUCAUGAAAACAGCACAGCAGACUGGGCGGCCUUUUAACACAUAUCCCCGAGCGGAUACAGAUCCUGUCCGAGGUGCUCAGACAGAGCAUAGAGCUGGGAAACCCCAAGAAACAGCAUCCAACGGCCCCAUAAGUGGAAACAGUAGCUCCUGCCGGCCCCCCCAGUCGGGCCCAGCAAGAUGCAGGAACCCAGAGCCACCCCAUCCGGGACUCUCCCAGCAUGCCUCAGAGCCCCACUUAACACACAUCCCACCCCCUGCCCUUCAGCCUUCAUAUUCACAGCAACCCCCUCAACAGCCACCACAACCACCUGCAGGCCCUCCUCCCCCAGCCCCACAGCAACCUCGCUCCCCACAGCGUGAGCCCCAGCGGGUCUCCCAUGAACAGUUUCGAGCCGCCUUGCAGAUGGUGGUUGACCCCGGUGAUCCCAGGACCUACUUGGACAACUUCAUCAAGAUUGGCGAAGGCUCCACGGGCAUUGUCUGCAUCGCCACCGUCAAGAGCACCGGGAAGCUGGUGGCGGUAAAGAAGAUGGACCUGCGCAAGCAGCAGAGGCGGGAGCUGCUUUUCAAUGAGGUUGUGAUCAUGAGAGACUAUCAACAUGAGAAUGUGGUGGAGAUGUACAACAGCUACCUGGUGGGUGACGAACUGUGGGUUGUCAUGGAGUUCCUUGAGGGAGGCGCUUUGACGGACAUUGUCACGCACACAAGGAUGAACGAGGAGCAGAUUGCGGCCGUCUGCUUGUCAGUCCUGAAGGCGCUUUCUGUCCUCCAUGCCCAGGGUGUCAUCCACAGAGAUAUCAAGAGUGACUCCAUUCUGCUCACACAUGAUGGCCGGGUCAAACUCUCUGACUUUGGAUUCUGUGCGCAAGUAAACAAGGAGGUGCCGCGGCGCAAGUCCUUGGUUGGGACCCCUUACUGGAUGGCCCCAGAGCUCAUCUCCCGAUUGCCCUACGGACCAGAGGUGGACAUCUGGUCCCUUGGUGUGAUGGUGAUAGAAAUGGUUGAUGGGGAGCCCCCGUAUUUCAAUGAGCCCCCUUUAAAGGCAAUGAAGAUGAUCCGGGACAACCUGCCUCCCAAACUCAAGAAUGUGCACAAGGUCUCCCCUUCCCUGAAGGGAUUCCUUGACCGCUUGCUGGUCAGAGACCCAGCCCAGAGAGCCACAGCGAAUGAACUCUUGAAGCACCCCUUCUUAGGGAAAGCCGGCCCCCCUUCCUGCAUCGUGCCCCUGAUGAGACAGAACCGGAUGAGAUGAAAAAGGCAAAAGGAACUGGACAUCUUGCCAAAGAGAGCGAGAGCAGAAGCCUUCGUUGUCCCUGGGCAAUCCCCCCCCCCAUGGCAGCUGGAAAGCCUCCAGGGAUGAGGAGCAUUCUGUGGCACCUCCCACCCUCUCCCUUGGGGGACUUCUCUUUUUCCCCUCUGGACGGUGUGGGCAGCAAAAAGCUCAGCAAGGGAGGCUUGUCAUAUCUGCCACCGCCCCGCCCCGUGGGCCGGCCUAUCUUGAAGGAAUCCUCCUUGCCUGCUGCUGAUGCUGGAGCCACUGCUGCCCCAGCUGGAGUUCUGCCUCUUUCUGCUGCUGAUGCUCUUUCCCACCUCUGGUGGGGAUGCUCUCUGUGUGCCACAGUUCUGUACUACUGAGUAGGGGUGGGGUUUAGGCUCUGGGGGGAUUUUUUUUAAAGACUGUGACAUUUCUGAUUGCCCUUUAGUCAUUGAUAUCACAAAUCUAAGGCCGUGGCAUUUUGGACAGGCGUGGGGAGCCCAAACACAGUUCAUCUUCAGAUGGAGAUUUCUGAGAGUGUUUUGUUGUUGUUUCCUCCGUGGGCACCUCUUUUCCUCCAGUUAGUGAGGACAGAGGCAGCUGGGGCCACUGGCAAUGAACACCCUCUCCCCACAGUCUGGCUUGGUUUCUGCAUUUGCUGCAGAUAGGUGGGGCAGUAGAGCCAUGGACAGUGUGCCCCCCCUCCUGUGAAGAAUCUUCUCCCCCAGAGCUGAACAUGUCUCGGAUUUUAAACUGGGGGGGGGGGAGAGAGAUGCCCUUAACCACUGAUGCUGCUUCUCCUGGUUUCAGAGGAGAAGGGACGGAAGUGAGGCAGUUUCUCAGGGGCUCCAAUCUCAGGCAAAGGAAACUUGCAGCUCUGAAAAACGUUCCUUUUUUAACAACAACAAAAAUACCCUGAUAAAUCCCUCCUGGUUGUUAACUGCUGGUUAAUGGCUUUGGGCCAUCUGCCCAAAUCUAGAGACGCGCUUGCCCAGCCGGUGCUUCCCUCUGUUUUGGAACUGUCCGUUUUCACAGGAGCAGAGGACCUCCGGAGUGCUACCAUGCGGCUACAGGCUGGGAGCUUACAGCCAGCGGGCGUUCCACUGUUGCAGAAUAUUCUUGCUGCCACAGAGGAAGUGAAGCUCAGGGUGGGCGGGAAGUCUUUUAUGUUUUUCUGGGGUGGAGGGCACCUUUGUCUGAGCAGCGGGCACUCCCCUCUGACCUUCAGCACGGUGUGCCUGGGAACCCAUGGCAAGGUGCACAUUUCUGGUCUGUGCGACAGGCUCAGCAUAAGUGUGUCCCUCCACCCGCUCCACUCCGCAUCCCUUGCUGCUCAGGCAAGAAUCCAGUCGUCACUGAGAAUCCUGAAAAGGCUGCUUUUAAUCACGAGCCUAUAAUGUCUUCCUUAAUUUCUGCCUGUCCCCAGAAAUAGCUGAGUUGCUGGCUUCCUCUCUUGUAACAGCCUGGCCUGAAUGGAGCCGCGCUUGUGCCUCUCUCUCCCUCCCUCCCUCCCUCCCCCCCAUCCCUUUGCCUUUCCUCUUUCUGCUUCGUUCGUUCUUCCUGCUUGGCACUGUAGCGCUGAGAUCCCUCCCUGCUCUCCGUAGUGGCAGCCGUGCCCUCUGCUUGCUCCUGUGCUUUGUCCUCCUUCCCCACCCCCAUUGCAAAACUGCGAGUGGAUUUCUUCAGCCUGGACAUGACUGGAUUUCCGGGCACCCCUUUGUGGGUCUCGUUCUGACCUUGGUCCUGGCCUUCCAAGAGCAGGCACUGCUGUGCUUUUGUCCUGCCUCGGGAGAACCUCUAGGUUGCCCCCUUGAUGGCUUGGCCACUUGGGCAUGACACUCGGCUGGUGGAUGCCUUUGUCGUGCUACUGAAGGUGACACGGGGCUGCUUGUGUGCCUGCUGGUGUCCAGGCUUCAAUCGCAUCCCCCCUAAAGCUGGCCUUGAGCAUAAAUUAGAAGCACUGUCACUAGACAGGAAGAAAGGGAGCAAGAGGGAUAGAUGAACCCCCUGGGCAUUCCUCUGUGGACUUAAGGCUGGUUCUGUCCAGUGGUGUUUGUUCUGUCUCUUUGCUCCCCUCUGGCCAAAAGAGCAGACGAAUCGCAGUAAACAGGCCCUCUCCUGUCAUUCCCCUCUCUCUCCCCCCCCCCCACCAGCUUAUUGCUAAAUUUGUGGGGAGAGGAGAAAGGAGCAUCACUGCUCUGGCACUCCUGAUCUUUAGAAUGGAGGCCAGUUCGAUCUUGUAAAAUGGCUGAUCCCUCAACAAGACAGCUGCCACAGCGUCUUUGGGGCCUGCCUUGCCAGUUGUCGGGGUGCACCAGCAAACACUGGAGGCCACCCACUGGGCUGCUAAUGUCUCUCCUUGUGAUGGACAGAGAGUGGUCUCUCCAGAAGGCUCCGUUGUCCUUGCCAUGACUUUCCCUCCUUGCAUGCUGUACAUAACAGGAUGGGCGUUUCUGCAUGCAGACUUGCAGGGGAGGGGUUUAGUUUUUCUUCAAGAGCCUAGGGACUUCUUUGCUGCCUGGUUUAAGCUUCUUAUUGGGUGUAGAUUAUACAUCACCUUCACUGGGUAACUAUUUUGGGGUGGGGAUGGGGAAGUAGACAGCAUCACACUUUCUGAAGUCCCUUCUAGGGCUCCAGUGGCACGUAUUUCUCACUGCAGGUGCAUUGCUCACUCUGCACCUCCGCUCCUCUUCCUCCAUAAAACCAGGAGCUCCCAGUUGCUGCUUUUGCCAACCUUUGGGGACUCUCCCCCAAGCCGCUUUCAGCUACAACCCAUCCAAGGGAAACACCCAGGUUUUUAAAAAAUAAAUCCCUUGGGUUCCACUUCUCAGCUCUCAUUGGUGUUAACCAGGUGCAAGCUGGCAUAUUUUAGGAAGAUUUGUCUGGGCAGGUGAGAGAGGCCUGCCUGGUACUUGCAGGGCAAAAUUUCCUCAAGGGCCCAGAAUUUGGUCUUUCCCCACUGAUGCUGUUGGCCAGUAAAGCCUGCAAUAUUUUUGCGUGUUGGUGUCCUGUUGCCGCUGCUUUUCUUCUCAAACAGAACGGUAUUUCCACCUCUUUCAGACUCGUGAGGGACCUCUGCUUGCUUCCAGCCAGCCUGCAAUUCUCUGCCCUGCCCUUUCCUCUUGGCACACCUGCUUUGCUUGCAGAAGGCGUGUGCUCAAAUUGUCCGAUGCUGUUUUUUGCAACUCUGCUGUGCUCCACAAUGAAGCUACCCAGAGCCAGAAGCUUCGUCAAAGAGUUCCCCGGUUUUGAACCUCAGAACAGACUAGUCGCAGAAGCCUGGCAAAUACUCCAGCUUCUUCCUGUGGUCAGGAUCCAGCUUGCUGGCACUCAUGACUUAGCACCACUCUAAGCCUUUUCUAAGAAGUUGGAUUGUACCACGUCUGGGGACAAGUUUUUUUAGCUAUACUGCAGCUUUAAAUCUGAGCCACUCCGUUGACUGUUUCAUCUUCCAGUAACUUGCAUGUCAAUGGUAACAAAUGGAAGGAGGUUGGCAGUCCAGAAUUGCUGGAUGAUUCUUCUCACUUCCCUUUCUGACGGCCGGCUGUUGCCUUUACUUCAAGAAUUGGUUUUUCCA